AAUUAUGAAGACGUUUUAGGCUCUCUCUUGGACAAACAUGCACCUAUGAAGCGACGUAAAAUUACAAUUCGUCCAAGGGCACCAUGGUAUAAUGCCAAUAUCACAGAAGCAAAAAGGCUUCGUCGCCAACUUGAAAGGAAAUGGCGCUCGUCUAAAUCAUUGAGCGAUAGAGCAGCUUUUGUAAACCAGUGUAAAGUUGUUAAUAACUUGAUCUACGAAUCCAAGCAAUUAUACUACAACGACUUGAUUGAAGAAAAUUCUUCCAAUUCUAAAUUACUAUUUAAAAUAGUAAAUAAGCUGCUUGACUGA